AUGGGUCACGGCUGGACAGAUGACUGGUGUUUCGCGCUUCCUCGACACUUUCUGCGUGGACGAGACCACGACAGGACGCACGAAGUCAAGGACAGUUAUCAACAAGAGAAAACUGAGUCAACCCCUGUGGCCAAAAUGAGCGUCUAUUCUCACCUAUGGCGGAUUCUGCAGAUAUUCUUGGCAACGAUAAUCACGGCUGUCACACAAGAGCUGGACAAUCAGGAGAUCUCUGAUGCCACCAAAUCCUCAAUCCCAUAUCCGUUGUUUCUUCCUGUAACUUACCAGGUAUGGGAUGCUGACUACUUUCUAUUAAAAGAGGCUGGGCAGGACAUCAUGGGAAAUUCCAGCAUGCAGAGCCACACGCAACCAUUUGUUGUGCUCCGAGCGGGACGUCUCCCUGUUAUCAAUGCCAAUUAUGGCCCACUCUCUAACAAACAGGAGAUCCCCCUAGACUUAGUGCAAGCCAUGGUAAAAAAGGGAGUGUGCUUCUGUACAGCCACACCUAGCAACACACUACUAUGGGACAUCACCCUUGACACAGGCCCAGAUGGAAGUGUUGGAGUAAUCUGUCAGAGAAAGUCAUCUACAAACGUGAAAAGAUUAAACAAACUUCAAGCAAUUCUUCAGAUGAAUUUUGAAGUGGAGGAUGUCAGCAGUCAAUCAGAGAUUCAGGUGAUUAAGUGGGAGUUGAUGCUUCCAGACGAGGUAAAAAUGAUGGGGGCAUCCGAAGGCACCAUGAGGAUCUACACCACUCAGAGGGACUUUGUGGGCCUGGCUCCUCUAGUUAUGGACACAGAGCUGUUGAACACUGCUGUGCUGACUGGUAAGAGGGUUAUGGUGGGAGUACGAACCAUUGGUGUGGAACAGGAUGGUUCUGUAACAGAUGUCUCUGAGUUUGCUGACUGCAGCUCCACAGAUGAAGAUGUUCUUAAGGUGUCCGACAGAUGCGACUUUGUUUAUGUGAAUGGAAAAGAAACCCAGGGGCGACUGUGGAUGCUGGUGAACUUCACCUACAGUUACCUGAGCGCUCAGCUGGAGAUGAAAGUGUGGUUCCCUCGUCUGCCGCUGGUUAUAGAGGUGUCUGAUACAGAGCUGAGUCAGAUCAAAAGCUGGAGGAUCCCCAUCCUGUCCACCAAAAGCAAACCAGGCUGGAGCAGUGAGGACUGCCUGCAGCUCAGCACAGGAAGUAACCGAGUCAUCAGCGCCACGGCAACCACACAGGAAGUGCUCAUCAAUCCUAAACAGGAGGCAGUGUUGAGCUCCUGGCUACAAUUUAGCGAUGGCUCCCUCACCCCACUGGACAUUUAUGAUCCUACUCACUACCGCCUGGCUGUGACAUCGCUGGAUGAGGGUGUGAUCUCUGUGCAGGACUCACCUAUGACUAUUGUGGCAGAAGGUGAAGGCCAAGGAACACUGGUGAGAGCCGAGAUGACCAUUUGUGAGGUUUGUCAGAAAUCCAAGCGCAAAAGCACUUUAGCUGUAGGCACUGGGAGCUUAACGGUAAAGUUCCAGACAAACAGCAAACGUCCUGAAAACAGCAGCAUCAACAAUAAUGACACGGGAACCAGUAAGGGACCACUAUCAAACCGUCCACUUACGGACCUGGAGAUCGGGAUGUAUGCAUUACUUGGAGUCUUCUGCUUGGCUAUCAUAGUAUUUAUGGUAAACUGUGUGUCAUACUUGGUUAAAUUUAGGCACAAGCAGACACCUGGUCAAGUUUCUGAGCAGACUGGUCACCGGCAUGACUGGGUCUGGCUGGGAACAGAUGCUGAGUUGGUUAUGAAUGUCACUGGAAGCCCAUUAGAGCAGGAUGCUCAUAAUACGUCUGUGAUCGACAUAGGACCCAAUAUGGAGCCUUGUGGCACUCUCACCCAAAGGACCUCUUGCCAGGUGUCUUCUGUAUUAAAUUACUCUAAUGUUUCAUGUGUAGGAUCCCCUAAAGCAAAACCAGUCCGAAGUGAAUCCCUACAUUCACCCACUAGUAAGAGGAAAAGGGUCCAGUUCACCACCUUCACAUCCUUGGAUCGGCAAACUCCUCCCAAAACUUUACCACAAGAGAAUGGACAUGGAAUUAACUGGGUGGGAAAGACACAUGGCCACCAUUAUCUUGGCAGUCAUGGGAGAGGCUUGCAUAACCGACUGGAAUAUGCAAUUCAGUCUGAAAAGCUCUAG